AUGAAUGUGCUGCCAAACCCAGUAAUCAGAGGCCGAGAGCAGUCGCUACCUCUCUGUGGCUCUGGGUCUGCCCAGGACUUAUCCCACUGCCCUCCAGGUUUCAACCUGAGCUCUCGCCUAAACCCUGCACCGAUGCUUGGCCUCGCGAAUGGCCAGAGAUCAAGCAAACCUCAACGGGAGCUGAGCCCUGAGGAGCAGCAGGAGCUUCGGAGAAAGAUCAACAGCAGGGAGAGGAAGCGGAUGCAGGACUUAAACAUUGCUAUGGAUGCUCUGAGGGAGGUCAUGGUGCCUUAUGCCUCCUCGCCUUCAUCUGCUUCCUCUCACUCCCACCAACAUGGAGCAACUCCGGGCCGCAGACUCUCCAAGAUCUCUACCCUGGUUCUAGCCAGGAACUAUAUCCUCCUGCUGGGUUCAUCUUUGCAGGAGAUGCGGCGGCUGCUGGGGGAGGUAAGUGUAGGUAUGGGGGUGACCACAGGACCAGUCCCCCGGCUGCUGCUUGCAGGAGGGUGGCCCCUCAUCUCCAAUCCCGGUCAACUCCUCCUCACCCAGGAAUCCCUCCUCUCCUCAGCAGCCUCCUCCUCCUCUUCAUCAUCAUCAUCUCCCUCCAGUUCUUCGUCAUCUGCAGGAGCCAAAUGCCCCAUGCUUUCUCCAGGUCCCAUGGAGGCCCCACUGGCCCCCAUGCAGUGGAGCUCUGCAGGUGCUCCAGCAGGGUCGCUGUGUCCCUGUGGAGUCUGCAGACUGCCCAGAUUCAAUCACUCCACUCUAGCUCCCAGAUUCCCAAAGUGA